CAUUUUAAAGUACUAGUGGAAAUAAUGUCAGGCCACUACAGAUUAAAGUGGCAUUGAUUUUGUUCUGUUUAAAGGGGGGGAAUGCUUUUUAUCUUUUGAAGUUGGCUACAAAAUUCACUCUGUUAUUUUUUCCAGCUGAUUUGUGGCUCAAUCCAUUCAGCAAGGACUAAUAAGAUUCAUUAUCCCUUUUCCUAUCAAAUGGUCCCAAAUGAAGCUGCUCAGUAUGAUGGGAUAGUGCAGCUGCUAAGCUAUUUCAGCUGGACAUGGGUUGGCCUCAUUGUUUCAGAUGACAACCAAGGGGAAGAGUUUGUGCAAAGCCUAAAAUCAGUUCUCAGUAGAAACAGCAUCUGUGUGGCUUUUACUGAAAAGGCUCCGUUUUUCUUUCCACAGACUGUUAAUGGAUUAACAUACUAUGAAUUCAGUAGUGUCACUGUUUUGAAAAACCUUAUUUUUACAAAAGCCAAUGUGAUUGUUGCAUAUGGGGUUACAUCUUUAAUGAUUGGGUUAAACAUACUGCUACGCAGCUAUGAACAAUCCACAAGGAAAUCCACAGAGAAGGUUUGGGUCACAACAGCACAGUGGGAUUUCAGCUCAAAAGUUUUCCUGAAUGACUGGCAUGUCAAACACUUCCAUGGUUCCUUGUCUUUCACAGUCCACAAAAACAAUGUGCCAAGAUUUAAGACUUUUCUCCAGGAAUUUAACCCUUACCAGCAUCGUGAUAGUAAUUUCUUCCAAUACUUCUGGCAUGAUGCAUUUGAUUGUAUAAGCCCUAAUUUCUACAAGAACACACAGAACUUCAAAAUUUGUACAGGGGAGGAAAAGCUGGAGAGUCUUCCUCAGACUGUAUUUGAAAUGAACAUGUCUGGUGACAGUUAUAGUAUCUAUAAUGCUGUUUAUGCCUUGGCCUAUGCUUUGGAUAACCUUUAUUCAUCAGAAAAUCCAAAACCGAGUCAUCAUCCACUACAGUCAUGGAAGGUAAUGUAUGGACAAAAUUGGUUAACUAUUUUAUACCUUAAUCACUUUUGGUAA